AUGGCACCAAGCUAUGAGGGAACAGUUGGAGCAAAGCAGGGCCACAAUCACUCUUCCUUCACCAUUUCAUCAUUCCAAACAGCAAGCAAGACCGUUGGGUCUCUCUACUAUGCUUUCAAGCAUCUCAAACACAAGCUCAAUCAUCACAAAACAAAAUUAAAUGUGGUGUCUUUGCAAGGAAAUCAUGAGCAGGGGUUUGCCUCUGACUUUGGAUUUUCCGAGAUGAAGAUGGGUGUGGUGGUGAGCCACUGUUGA